UGACACCCCUCAAUAAUUGUUGAGUAGACUACUAACUAACAAAAUGGAAGAAGGGAACACGUCUUGCUCCACAGGAUGCCACAGCAUUGGCUGCCGUUGGAUGAGAAAUCCAUGGUACCAGUUCUGUAGCAUCAGUGUGUGAUCUACUGCCGAAAAGCAGCAGCAAGCCGGGAUGAGACGUUCCAGCAGUGCUGGAAAGAUUGCAUCGGUCAGUGUCGUGGUUUUUGGAUUCGCCUGCUUCGCAUUGGUGUCAUCCUCACAGGAACCACUUCACAUUGCGCCUGCUGUGGAAGACGAAACGGACCAUUUCUUCUUGGAGGCACCGCCAAGCGGCAACUCUCAAGACAACAGUUACUUGAUUGAUAUUGCCGGUUUGGGCCAUGGUCGCGACUUUUAUGUUAGCGAGUCGUUGACCAUUCAGUUGGAAGAUGGCGGUCCCGUGUGGAAAUUUCAUAGUCAACAACCAGAUAUUCUCUCUCGCAGUGUCCGGCCAAGCUUUGUGGGGUCUACCCUCGAUGGGACCGUCACCUGUAAUCUGCUACGACACGCCAGUAGCAGCAACAGCGAGGACGAUAUUCUGACGGGCGUAGUACAAGAUUUGGCCCGAGGUUUGUGGUAUGAAAUCAAGCCCAAUGCAGAUGGAUUCAACACGGUAACGGUGGUUCGUGACGAAGACGUCCCAGAAUCGGUAGAUCCGACAGCGGCGCUAACGUUUCAGGAGAGUCCGGAUGAAUACGAUGAUACCAGCGAAGGCGACGCAACCAGCUUUCUGCAACGACAGUGGAACCGUAUUCCUUCUGCAGUUCAAAAAUCAAUCGUUAACGGGGGAGAGAAUCAGGCUGCUGCAUCGGCAAACACCAUCAUUGACGUGUUGGUCGUUUGGACCAUGAAUGCAGAGUGCGUCAAGUCCAGUCUUGCAGCUGGUUGCGCAGUAUCGGAUGAUACCCAGGCCAAAAUGCAGGCUGCUGUGACACUCAUGAUGAGCGAAACCAACCGAGUUUACGAAAACUCCAACUUGGAUCUGACGCUUCGACUAGCUCAUGCUCAACGAGACACCACUGGUUUUCAGGAGUCGGGAUUUGCCCGAGCACUUCUCUUCGCCUCCACUAGCCGGACCAUCAAACAACUGCGAUACGAUCACCAAGCUGAUAUUGUCCUCUUCCUUAUUGACAAUGCAAAGGCUCCCCGUGUGGCUGGUAUGUCGUACAACAAUUUCAUGACACCUGCCAAGCGAGGCUGGUUGUUUUCCGUCUUGGCAGCUCAAUCCACCGCAUUGCGAUACGUUCCAGCUCAUGAAAUAGGUCACUUGUUUGGGUGCUUUCAUGACCGAGGAACUCUCAAUGCUUGUAACGCCAACACUACCAACUGGGGACAUCGUGAUGCGGACGGCAGAUAUGCCACAGUCAUGGCGUAUCGAUGCACGCUGAAUCAGUGCGAUGGGCUAGCAGCGGCAAACCCCUGUCCACGGAUUCCCUACUUUUCUGGCAACGUCGAGUAUAAUGGAGAAUUCUUGGGAGGGUCCUUUAACAAUUGUCGUGAUCAAAUCAUGGCAACUAAAGAUCUCGUGGCUGCCGUCAUGCCGAGAGACGAUGGGGUGGGAAGCGGUGCCUUGCUACUCGAUUGCUUCUCCCCGCUGAAUGAAGUUCAAGUGCUGGGGAAGGGAACAGUAUUCAUGCCAGACGUUCAAAUUGGGGACCGUGUUUUGACGGCUUCGGGAAGCUACGAAACUGUUUACACUAUUGACCAUUACCAUCCUUUUCGGCCAACAGAAUACCUGCAGCUCAAGGCCUCGUUUUCAUCUCUAAACACGACAAGGUUGUUGCGGCAACAAGAUCUCUUCGUUGAGCUCUCUCCGUUCCACAUGAUCUUCCUACAGGAUAGCGCCUAUCCCGUGCCGGCCAACGAGGUCCGAAUUGGUGAUUUGCUUCAAACAACGCAAGGCCCAGCACAAGUUGCCCACAUCACUUCUGUCGUCAGUGAAGGUCUUUACAAUUUACUCACAACAUCUGGAACUAUCGUUGUCAGUGGUAUUGUGGCUUCCACCUAUUCAGUUCCUCCUUUCACUACAAGAAAGACCGCUGCAAAUCAUUUAGAAAUUGCAGGGUGGAAGUUGUUGCACUUUCAAACGCUGAUUCAUCUCCUGUUGGCGCCACUGCGCGUUGUAAGCGUUCCUCUGUUGCGAUGGCAACUCCGCAACAACCCAGAUAGCCACUUCUGCAGAGAGGAGCGCAAGCCAAAGAUUCAUUGGUAUAGUAAGAUUGGACUCAGCAUGGCAAACUGGUGGGCAAAGCAGAGCGCCUUGUUGCAAGGUAUGGGACUUGGCGUAGUCCUUGUAGUUUGUGGGGUGUUCAACUGCGUCCCAUGGAUCCUUUCUGCCCUCUUGGUUGCGAGUACCUGUGAUGUACUUGCUCGAAGCCAGUACAAGGGCGACACACAAUAACUACCGGCAGCCUUGAGGUCUCCAGAACAGAGGAUCAAACCAAAGGAGUCAUCCCUUCCGAACGUGACGAGGGGUGAAACUCUUCUCGCCUUGCUUCCCAAGGAGUUCACCACGAUCAAGCUGAUGUUUGCAGUGGUCACCAUCCACAUCGUUUGGCAUGCGGCGCAAUCUGACAAUGGAAACCUGGAACGAUGAAACUAUACACCGAAGAAAAGCAGCUACAAAGCCCUCCCUACAGUAUCUCGUUCAUCAGCGCCCAUCUUUAGGAGCACUGAUAAAGUUGACGACGCAGAGCAUGCCAUAGAAAUUAGCUAAUUAGAAAAGUGAUAGAUUAUUCAA